AUGGAAGAAAGCCAGAAAGAAAGCGCUUUUAAUGUUCAGAAUUAAAAUUUAGAUGUUUCACAAAAAUAGGAAAUUCAACAAACUAAUAAAAAGGUUAAUUUCAUGCUUUAAUAAAAUGAAUCACCACCUACAAGUCAUACUGAAAAUAAACAGCAAUAGGAAAUCAUUUAAUUUAAGAAGCCUUAAUAAGCAAUAUACAAUUCUAUGAAGAGAAAAACUUAUUCAAAAUAUGAUCUUGUAAAGGUUAGAGUCAUCUUGUAAGAUCAUUUUUACAUAUUCUCAAGAUUUCUUAUCAGUAGAGUACUAACACUUAUUAAGGUGAAAGAAAAAGACUCUAUCAGAAUGACUUUAGAAGUUAAAAAGAUGCUAAUAGAGUCAAACAGACUUGAAAUUAGUCAGGCAGAGUUAGAAAGCUACUUGUUUGAAGUGCUUAAGAAAUUUGGCUACAAUGAUGAAUUUGUGAAGCAAUAUAAAAUGAUCACGGCAUUCUAUCAGAAAAGACUUCCAUUUAUCAUAAUGAUUGUAGGCACAGAUUGUAUGGGGAAAUCCACUUUGGUUACAUAACUGGGUGAGAGAAUAAAUGUCUCAAAUAUUGUACAAACAAGUAUUGUACAAAAGGUUAUGAUGGGUCUUAGCUAAUUAAUGCAAGCAAACUAGAAAGCGAAAAUAGGAUUGGAAGAUGAGAAUGUUGACUAAUUGACUGACGAAGAUAUCAUUAAUAACUAUCAGGGGCUUUAAGGUAGUCAUCUGGAUCCAAAUUUAUAUCUCAGAAAAGGUAUUGCAGAUGAUGGAAGUUAGAAACUAGAAAUAUUUACUCCAAAUCCUGAAGACGAAGAAGAAUCUAUGAUUGAAAAUGAUUCAAUCAAGAAAAUGAGGAAGUAAAUGUAAGAAAUAAAUUAAAGCGGUGCUAUGAUUAUUCCAUUUUUGCUGACUAUAUCACCAGAGAGUCAUGGUCUUUGUCUUGAGAGUAAAAUUACUUAAGAGUUUUCUCAAAAACCUCAUAAGGAUCUGCCAAUAAAUGUAAAACAAUAUGUGAAGAGCUAAAUUAGAAAAUAUCAGACAAUUCAGAAUUAUUUAAUUAAAGAGUGUGAGAAAUUUGGAUUCAAAAUAUUAGAGAUUAACAUAAAUUACUUUGAGGAAACUAUUGAGAAAAUGCAUGAUCACAUUAAUAUUUGCUAGAUUUGA